GUCUGUCCUGUCCUGUAAGCUAUCCUGUGGUGGGCAGGGUCCGGGAGGUUACCCCUGGCAUGUAGCUAAGGGAGUGCCAUGGCCGGGGAAUGCUCGCAGGCAAGGGGAGCUUGUUGCUAAGUGCAGGAUGAGCCUGAUCCCCCAGUGAGGCGCAGUCCGCCUGGGAAGGGGGCGGCGAGAGCUAGUGUUGAAGCCGAGAGGAGGGAGAGGGAGGAGAGUCCGCGCUGAGCGGAGGGAGGCACGCGCAGCGGAGGAGCAAACACCCACUCUCCUCCGAGCCCGGCGGCGCGGCGCGUGGAGGCAGCAGCGGAGACAGCAGCAGGUCAGAGCGGCUGCAUCCCGCCCAGUCCGUCUCCGCCAGCGUCGGGGCUUCGGAGGAUGGAGGAUUCCCGGGAGACUUCGCCGUCCUCCAACAACUCCUCGGAAGAGCUCAGCUCUGCCCUACAGCUGUCCAAGGGCAUGUCCAUCUUCCUCGACAUACUGAGGAGAGCAGACAAAAAUGAUGAUGGGAAAUUGUCCUUUGAGGAAUUUAAAGCCUAUUUUGCUGAUGGAGUUCUCAGUGGAGAAGAACUACAUGAGCUCUUCCACACCAUUGACACACACAAUACCAACAAUCUUGACACAGAAGAACUAUGUGAAUAUUUUUCUCAGCACUUGGGUGAAUAUGAGAAUGUGCUGGCUGCCCUUGAAGAUCUGAAUCUCUCCAUCCUGAAGGCAAUGGGCAAAACAAAGAAAGACUACCAAGAAGCCUCCAAUUUGGAACAGUUCGUCACUCGAUUUUUGUUGAAGGAGACCUUAAAUCAGUUGCAGUCUCUCCAGAACUCUCUGGAAUGUGCCAUGGAAACUACUGAAGAGCAAACCCGUCAAGAAAGGCAAGGGCCAGCCAAGCCAGAAGUCCUGUCUAUUCAGUGGCCUGGAAAGCGAUCCAGCCGCCGAGUCCAGCGACACAACAGCUUCUCCCCAAACAGCCCACAGUUCAAUGUCAGCAGUCCAGCUCUGUUAGAAGAGGACAACCAGUGGAUGACCCAGAUAAACAGACUCCAGAAAUUAAUUGAUAGACUGGAAAAGAAGGAUCUGAAACUUGAGCCCCUGGAAGAAGAAGUUAUUGAAGAGAACACUAAACCUCACAUCAUGCUCGUACAGCGCCAGAUGUCUGUGAUGGAAGACGAUCUGGAGGAAUUCCAGCUUGCUCUGAAGCACUACGUGGAGAGCGCGUCAGCCCAAAGCGGGUGCCUGCGUAUUUCAAUACAGAAGCUUUCAAAUGAAUCCCGCUACAUGAUUUAUGAGUUCUGGGAGAACAGCAGUGUGUGGAAUCGCCACCUCCAGACAAAUUACAGCAAGACAUUCCAAAGAAGCAACGUGGACUUCUUGGAAACUCCAGAGCUCACUUCUACCAUGCUAGUUCCUGGUAACUGCCGGAGCAUGCCUCACGCUUCCUCCUGGUGGAUCCUGAACAACAAUUAGAUGUCCCUGCACCACGUCUUUAUUGUUCCGAGUUCAAGUGUUCUUAUCUAAAAUGUAAACUGGAAAGUUCUCCGUGGUUGUCAAUGUGCUGCAGACUUUUGUUCAAUGUUAUAAGUACAUCUUCUGAAGUGUAUUCUGUAACUAUCUCAGUAGUUACUCUUGGUAUUUGAUGAUAAUUGACUUGCUACACUGUAAUCAUUCAUUAUAGCAAAAUCCUAAUAUAUGAAAAUGGCACAUAAAGUAAUAAAAUGUGACAAUUCUGGUAAAAAUGCUAAGUGAGAACAUCACAUCAUAGAGCUGGGUUUGUACACUGCUCUAAAGCAGUGGUCUCAACCUUCCUAAUGCUGCAACCCCUUAAUACUGUUCCUCGUGUUGUGACCUCCAACCAUAAAAUUAUAUUGUUGCUACUUCAUAACUACAAUUUUGCUACUGUUAUGAAUUGUAAUGUAAAUAAAUAUCUUAUAUGUAGGAUAUCUGAUAUGCUAUCCCCAAAGAAGUCAUGACCCACAGGUUGAAACCCACUGCUCUAAAGGAUUAUAUCCAUCCUUUGUGGCUUUUCAGUAACACAUUUUUGUGAGAGAAACAUUCUUUUUCAGUAAGUUCCACAUGGUCCUCCAACUAUCCUCCUUAUAAUUCCUUUAACAUUAAUAUAAAUGCAUAGAACAACCGAGACUAUAUCCUGUAGAAGCUGUUCAUGCGUCAUGUUGUAAACUGGUAUUUUGGACAAUCUAUAGUAACUUAGGGCAUUUACUACUGUGACACCUUAUUUGUUAGUAUUAUAAUCUCAUAUAUAAGCUAGAUAUUAUUGAGCCAAGAAGAAAGCUUUACUUUGAGGAAGUUAAUGUUUAUGUCAGAAGCCUUUGAUAUAUGAUCCAUAUAAAUAAUGGGUCUUAUGAAAAAUGAACACUUGAAUUUAAAUGAAGUUUUUUUUUUUUAAUUCAGUACUUUAAAACUAAAACUUCAACUCAACUGAAUAAGGAAAUUUAAAACAAGGACAAAGCUUUAGAACUGAUUGCCUACUUUGUAUACUUUCCUAUUGUGACUAAGAUAAAUGACAUUUCUUUUCUGCCAUUCUCUACAAGCUCUGGCUAUAGACUCUACUACGAGAAUACACAUAGACCUAUUGUCAUGUUAUGCUCUCAUACAAACGCCUUUGAAAGUCUGGGCUUGAGGGAAAAUAAAUGUAAAAUAUUAUAGUAUUUUUAACAGUUGGAAAACUUAGGGAAAGAGAAAGCUUGGAUGAAAAUGUCAUUUUAUAAAUAUGAGACUUGAUCUAGAAAUAUUGUCUCAAAAUAGUUUAUGGAACAUUGAUUUACUGAAUCCUUUUGUAUAAUUUCAGUCCUCUUCAAUCUUAUAUAAAAUUGCAUAGUUUGUUAGACCAAACUGGAAACUUUUUACCCACAGGGACUCGUGUGUGUGUGUGUGUGUGUGUGUGUGUGUAUUCGAAUCUUACGAUGACAAGCACUAUGAAACAUCUCUUGUUACAGGAGUGCAGGGCAAAGCAUGAACGAAGUAAGACAGUGACUGCCAAGACAAACUGCACAUGUGUGAAAGCAGGGAGGAGCAGAGCAGUCUCUGGCCUCACUGAGGUUUCACUCAAGUUCUGAAACCCAGGGGACUUCCAACAUACAAAUGCUUCUGGGAAAUGCUGGUGAAUAACGCUUUCAAAUGACAGAUUACAACCAAUCAAAACAUUGUCUCAAAUGGCCCACUUCAUUUCCAACCCAAAAAUCCUAUCAAGUGUUUUAUACACCACUAGGUAGUUUUCAAUGUAGCAGAGUAGUACAGCUUCAGACAAAGGCCCCUGAUUACAAAUUUGCAUGAGUUUUGUAAAUAUAUUAAACUAGAACCAAAGGACUUGAGAAAAAAGCAAAUUAACCAAUUUAGCUCUGAUAAUUCUGAUCUCAUCUAUUAUAUAUAUAUAUUUAUAAGUAUGUUUAAGUGUGUUUGUAUGCAAGUGCCUAUAUAUGAUAAUACAUACACAUACUGGUUCGUAUGACCAAAAAAAGGAAAACAGUAGGGGGCCACACACACACAGACU